GGAAGUUCUUACAGCUUUUCUGCAACAAUUGUAGUACACUGUCUACAGGUACAUGUGACAGCGUUGCAGCUAUGAGUGGAAUUUUAAAGAGGAAAUUUGAAGAAGUUGAUGGCUCCUCACCCUGCUCCUCUGUGCGGGAAUCUGAUGAUGACAUUUCUAGCAGUGAAAGUGCGGACAGUGGUGAUAGUGUCAAUCCAUCCACUUCUAAUCAUUUUACCCCUUCAUCGAUCCUGAAGAGAGAGAAGCGGAAAAGGACAAAGAAUGUUCAUUUUAACUGUGUUACCGUGUACUACUUCACAAGAAGGCAAGGCUUCACCAGUGUCCCGAGUCAAGGAGGAAGCACAUUGGGCAUGUCCACUCGUCACAACAGCGUGCGCCAGUACUCCCUUGGAGAAUUUGCAAUGGAACAGGAGAGACUUCAUCGAGAGAUGUUAAGAGACCAUCUAAGGGAGGAGAAACUUAACUCUUUAAAACUGAAGAUGACAAAGAAUGGUACAGUGGAAUCUGAAGAGGCUAAUACUCUGACGUUGGAUGACAUUUCUGAUGAUGAUAUUGAUUUAGACAACACAGAAGUAGAUGAAUACUUCUUUCUACAACCCCUACCAACAAAAAAACGUAGGGCGCUGCUACGAGCCUCUGGAGUGAAAAAGAUUGAUGUGGAAGAAAAACAUGAGCUGCGGGCUAUCCGCCUAUCCAGAGAGGAUUGUGGCUGUGACUGCCGAGUGUUCUGUGAUCCAGAAACGUGUACUUGCAGCCUUGCAGGCAUAAAAUGCCAGGUGGAUCGUAUGUCUUUUCCAUGUGGUUGCACUAAAGAAGGGUGCAGCAAUACAGCAGGUAGAAUUGAAUUUAACCCCAUCCGUGUACGGACUCACUUUUUGCAUACAAUAAUGAAGCUUGAAUUGGAGAAAAAUAGAGAGCAGCAAGUUCCUGCACUAAAUGGUUGCCACACUGAGGUAAGUGCUCACACUAGUUCUCUGAGUACAGCACCCCACCCGGUAGAAUAUUCACUUGCAGAGAAUUUUGAGAUUGAAACUGACCCCCAGGCUGCAGUGAUGCACCUGCAGUCUGCUGAAGAUUUGGAUUGUCCUGGGGAAGAGGAGGAGGAGGAAGAAGAUGGAAGUAGCUUUUGUAGUGGAGUUACAGAUUCUAGUACACAAAGUUUAGCACCCAGUGAAUCUGAUGAUGAUGACGAUGAUGAAGAGGAGGAGGAGGAAGAAAAAGCUGAUGAUUUUGUGGAAGGCAUGGGCUCCCAUGCCGAUGUGGUGCCUCUUCCUUCUGUCCUUUGCUAUUCUGAUGGCACUGCAGUGCGUGAAAGCCACUCUAAAAAUGCCUCAUACUAUGCUAACUCUUCAACUCUGUAUUACCAAAUAGAGAACCAUGCCCCUGGCAGUAAUAACCAGAUCACUGAGACCUAUUCAGAAAGGGACACUGUUAAAAAUGGUAGUCUUUCUCUGGUGCCUUACAAUAUGACUUCAGAGCAGUUUGUUGACUACACACGGCAAUCAGAGGAAAGUUACAGCAGCUCUCAUUACCCUUCUGCAAACCCCUCUGUGAUAGUUUGCUGCUCCUCUUCAGAAAGUGAUAACAGCGUUCCAUGUAAUAGUUUAUACACUGAACAUAGGCCAAGCCACCCUCAAGUGGAAUUUCACUCAUACUUGAAAAGUACCUCUCAAGAUGGAUUUGUUUCAGCUUUGAACGGUGACAGUCAAAUACCAGAGCAAGCUGCUGAGAAUUCUAUAAGCCUUUCAGAUAAGAGCAGACUGCAUGAAGAGUGUAUCAAAUCAUCUGUAGUGGAAACAGUACCUGUUUAAUUUAUUAAGAUAUUCUAGGACUGAAUCCCUUUAUUUAAAUGCACUCCAACUGGAUUUCCUAGAAUCAUAAUUUUUUAAGCUGUGGACUAAGAAAACUUGGACUAUGGUUAAUAUUCCAGACACAUUUUGUUUUUUUCUUUCAAGCUACAUGGCUGUGGCAUUGCACAAAAACAGUUCAUGUAAA